AUGGAGAACCUUCUUCUGUUAUAUACCAUCCCUAAGAUACUCGAUUCAGACUCUGCCUCAGAGAACUGUUUCUUAGGGAAAGGUAGAACCAAAGAAAGAGAUGCUGUAUACGAAUCACUCACAUAUUCUUCUGAUGACAGUAUGAUGAAAGUUGUAAGCUGUGUUCGGGGGGAGUUAUUGUCUAUCGCCGGCCUCUAUGGUAGAAUCAGUCGCAAGCUCCAGAGGCGGUGGUUUACCCUGUGGCGGAUGUCAGCGGUUCGAGUCCGCUUAUCUCCAACUCGUGAGCUUAGUCGGUACAAGCUUACGAUAGCACCCAAUUUUUCCUGA